UUGUGGUAUAUAGAAAUAAUGGAUUCCUUAAAUACUGGUAAAAAUGAUGAGUCAGCUGUGAAUGACAAAAAUGGCUACAACCAGAAUGAUCCUGAAGAAAUACAAAUUCCUGUACCUUGGGGUUUUAUUAGCGGAAAAUUGUGGGGAUCAAGAGACAAACAACCGAUAGUGGCAAUACAUGGCUGGCAGGAUAAUGCAGGAAGUUUUGAUAACUUGGCACCAUUUAUAUCGUCAAAUCUACCCAUUCUCAGCAUAGAUCUGCCUGGCCAUGGUUACUCUUCUCAUCUGCCAUCGGGACAGUUCUAUUAUAUAUUUUGGGAUGGGGUUGUCAUUCUACGCAAAUGGUGGGGCCCUCGAUGGGUUCAACCAAUAGUGGCACUACAUGGUCGUCAAGAUAACGCAGGCAGUUUUGAUACUUUGAUUCCAUUACUUCCUGAUGAUGUUUCAAUACUUUGCUUGGAUAUGCCUGGACACGGUUUAUCUUCGCAUUAUCCAAAAUGUCAAUACUAUUAUGUUUAUUGGGAUGGUGUUAUAAUGCUACGUAAAGUUAUAAAAUAUUUCAAGUGGACUAAGGUGAAAUUAUUGGGACAUUCAUUGGGCGGAGCAAUAUCAUUCUUGUAUGCUGCAUCUUAUCCUAAAGAAGUAGAUUUCUUAAUUAGUUUGGAUAUAGUUAGUCCUAGUGUAAGGGAUAUAACUAAGACUGCAGCAAUAACAGGAGAUCACAUCGAUAAAUUCUUAAAAUAUGAACAGCUUACGUUAGACAAUACUCCAUGUUAUGAGUAUUCUGAGAUGAUUGAUAUAGUUGUAACUGCUUACAAUGGUUCCAUAAACAAAAUGGGAGCUAAAACAUUAAUGAAGCGUGGUAUACAACCUUCUUAUACUACUAACAAAUAUUACUUUGCACGUGAUCCAAGAUUGAAGGUUUCUACGCUAGGUAUGCUAUCCUUAGAUUUGGUACUUGCAUAUGCAUCCAAAAUAAAAUGUGCAUAUCUUAACAUUCGGGCCGUUCCUGGUAUGGAAUUCGAACAACCUGAAAAUUAUCAGAAAGUCCUUGAUCAAAUAAAAUUAAAUGCUAGUAAAUUUGAAUAUCAUGAAGUUAAUGGCACUCAUCAUGUUCAUUUAAUAAAUCCUGAAAGAGUUGCACCACUAAUAAUCAAUUUUCUAAAAAAUUAAAAAUAAUAUAUUUUAGAUAAUAUAGAUAUAUAUAUAUAGCGAAUUUAAUUGGUGAAAAUAAUUCAGACAUAGUUAAUAAAAUAUGUGAUGAUAUCUUAUGAUGAUUAUUUAGUAAAUUUAAAUUAUACUUAGACAGCUAUUUCUCUACGAUUUAUUAAUAUUAUAUAAUAUUUAACAAUUAUUUAAAUAACAUUUAAGACAUAAGUAAGAAUCAAAUUAAUUAAAGAUAAUUGGCACUAUUUACUACUUAUAUUAUUUUUGCAAAUAUUUAAUAUAAUAUUAUAAUACUAAGAUUUAAGCCCGCAAAAUCGCGCGUCCCGCGUGCGCACGUAUAAAUUGUAAUAAUAUUAUUGUGAAAUAUUUAUUUUCAUUGACGAAAAAUAUAAUUGUAUUCUUGAGAUAUUUAUUUGAGAAUAAAAAAUACCGUGACUAUACGACAUAAAAA